AACAUUUUCCAAUCACUCCGAGUAUGGAGGAACACGCGUGUUGUGUUAGUAUUGUCUUGACCUCGAUCAUCCAGACAAUAUAAUGAGAGGAUCUGAUGAGUAAGCUGCAAAUUUCUACUCGCUACGCUUCGGAGGGUCUGUGUUCCCGUGGGUGUUGAUGCAGCUAGAUUCCCAUUCUUCCAGUCCGAUUGUACAUGGAGUUUUCCACAAGAUUCACCUGCAGAGCUUUUAGCUUGUCCACUGAGUUGGGUCACCAGUGCUAAUCAAACAGCUCUCUCCGUUAAACUUCACAAAAGGUCGCAAGAAGUGUCAUGCCCAGCAGGCACAAGUUUUGACACUGCGACGGGAAGUUAAUUCUCUUCGGGUGAGCCGAUCCUUCGGAUUGAGGAGGGGCUCCUGAAGCCCAGGUGACAUUUCGCUCGCGUAUGCCAAGCAGCAAACCUUUCUUAAUCUCUGAGAGUGGAGGAGAGAAUGGAAGGUGCAGGUGCGUCCAUCUUCAGUCACGCUGCUGAACUGGCGACACGGGAAAUGGACUCCGCACACGAGGAACCGGAGCUUCCCUCCGCCAUCCAGGACCUUGUACAGCGUCUGGAAGGACAAGGCGAGCCUAUAACGCAGCUUCCCAAUUUAAGAGACCCAGAAUUUCGGGAGUUCUUUCCGGAGUUUGUAGGACCCUGGACAAUCAUAGGGGGGAUAAGCCAAGUGCGUCGUCGAGUGCUGGAGGCAAUCGGCAGCUGCAACACCUUUGAGAUUCUGGACGUGCACCAUAUUUGUGAUGGAAAUAUAUCGAGGUUGACGCCAAGCGAGUGGGAGGUAGUUCUCAGAGGUUUCAGGUCGAGCACCGUUCUAGAAAAGAUAAUCGUUCAUGGGACAUACCUGGGUAGAUAUGCGGAUAGUGAAAGCUUGUGUUUCCAGCUGGGGAGAAUUCUGAAUUCCUCUAGCGUAACAGAGUUAAAACUGGGUGGGAGAUUGAGUGCCAGAUGUCUCUCGAAUCUCGCCUCAGGUCUGCGAGGACGUUCCGAUUCUAAACUCAAGUCUUUAGAUUUAAGGGUAUCGUGGGAGGACUCGAGUGGGGUGAAGAGUGCGGUGAAGUAUGUGGCUGACAUGAUCAAUAGUGCUCCUCUAUUAGAAACGUUGCGUUUAGGCGGACGUUUAGGCGGCUGUUGGGAGUACAUGGAGGACGAGACCGUUGGAAUCCUGUCCCAGGCUUUGAACCAGAGCUUGGCUUUGAAAGAAUUUACCUUAGACCAGGCGGGGGAGUGGGCAGGGCCCUUGUUGCUGAAAGCAUUGGCCGGAGACGAUCGCAACCGAUCCAUUGAACGUCUUCGGCUAUUGUAUGUGGAAGGACUCGGAGACUGGUUAAGGGAACUUCUUAUUUCCAACCCAUCAUUGAAGGAAGUGGAGCUCCACCCACUUAGCAUGGAGCCUGAGAAAGCGCACCAGCUCGGCGAAGCCAUACAUGACAAUGCCAUAGCGACUACUAUACUUGUUAGGUUUAAAUCCAAGUUUGAUGAAGACUGGGAGUCAGUGGAAGCUCUUGCUCGUUCUGCUAGCUCCGAAGUCAACGACCCCACUCUGGAGAUUACACUCCAUGUUGAUACUAAAAAAGAAGUGAUGUUAUCAUUAAACCUGUUAGGUAGGGUACUGCGCGGGGAAAUCACAUCUCUGAAAUCUCUUAGUAUAUCAGAUCGCUUUUCCAUCCUAGAGAGACCGGAAGGUAUUCUGUCGAUGAACGGAAGAACUGGAGAAACUUGCGUCCUGAAGAGACUCCGAUUAAGUGCUCUAAGCGAACAUGUUUGGAAUGGAGUAUGGAAGGACCUGCUUUUGUGCCUGCGAGGGAACACAAGUCUCACUCACUUGGAUUUGAGUAAGACCUGGCUGGACGAAGAGACGUUCAGGGACAUGAUGGGGCUACUCCAACAGAACUUGAGUCUCCAGGAAAUAAAUGUCUCAGAAACCUCAUGGGCUAUAGACGGAAAGGCGGCGCUGAUUCAAGAGGCACUCAAGCAGAACGAGAAGCGGGCCGCCUACAUGUCCGUAUUUAGAGAAGCCGGAUUAGCAUUUAGAGAUGCAAAAGCCGGUCGACUCUUUCUAUGCGGCUCUCCUCUAGCAGGCAAGACUCAAUUGCGUCAAACCUUGAUGAGGAUAGUUGAAGGCAAAAGUUGGCUUGGAAACAAAUGGAACAAGUUGUUUAGAACUAAAGGUAUCGAAGUGGAGUACUUGCAAAACAACGACAAAAGGCAAAUUUCAAUCUGGGAUCUUGCGGGGCAAGAGAUUUUUCGUACCCUUCAAACUGUUCUCUUUCCUCAAUCCAACAAUUUUUGUGUUUUUUUAUUUGUGUAUAGCUCUUUUUGUGAGAACUCAGCUUCUAAAAAAGAAGACUCUUGUUUUCGGACAGAGUUGGAGGAAUGGAUGAGUUUUAUCACAUCCAGCUCUAGGGUCACGGGACAUAAUCGUCCGCAAGUUCUUGUUGUGAUUUCACACAAGGACAAAAGCAAAUCCAGCUCUUUGACUUGGGCUCACUCAAUAGUGAAAGAUGUCAACCAAAGAUUUGCAAAAUUUGUGGAUCUUCAUCCAAUUCAAGAGUGUUUUUAUGUAGAUACGAGAAAAAAGAAGCAAGUUAUAGAUCUCAAAGAUUAUAUUUUUGAGAUUUUUGACAAGUUGUUGAGUGAAAAAUCCCCACGGGUUCCCCAAUUGUGUUCCCGACUCUCUUCCCUCUUGGCUACAAACAUCAAGGAGAACAGAAGUUGCCCUAUUUGGUUACCUCAAAAGUUUAAUAAAUUCUGUGACCCCAUCUUGACAGAGUUCAUUUCAUCCUCUUCAGCUUUUGCCAUUGAUCAUUCAAGGAUAUUAAAUUCGAUAGUAUCUUAUUUGAAUGACGUUGGAUCCAUAGUUUAUAUUCCAACCCUUAGUUACAUCAUUGUAGAUCCAAACUGGCUCACUAAUACAUUAUUGGGUGAGCUGGUAGCUCUGGGUCAAAAAUUUCAUGCUCAAGAGCACGAAAGUAAGUCGCAUUCCUCAUACUCCAGCAAGGACGGAUUUGUGAGCGAGAGUGUCUUUGUGGGAUUGAUAGAGGAGUUUCUGGGAAAGCAACCGCAUGGACAGAUUGGUGUGGACAGAGAUGUGAUUGAGAACAUCCUUAUCCAUUUAGAUUUGUGUUUCAAGGUGGAAGAUACUUCUCAGUUUUAUUUCAUUCCCUCCUUCAUACCGGAGCAUGCAAGCAAUGAAGAACAGAAGCCUCAAGAAGGGAAGGACUUGGAGUCGAUGGCUUGGGAAAGUAGGGGUGAGACUUCACAGUUUGUCGGCAUCCGGAUUCAAUGCCAAGAUGGAAGAACAAUGUCAUUGACCGCUGCUUUUUUCCCGUGCUUCCAGAUGUUCAUGAGACGCAAGUUGAUAUCGGAGAUGCGUGUCUCCAAGAAAACAGUGACCUGCUCUCGACAGUAUCUGCGACUUUUUCUUGAUGGACACGAGAUCUACGUCGAGCAAGGAACGUCCCACAAUUACAUGGAUGUUUUGAUGUUACGCUCAAAGCAUAAAUCACGGUCGGAGGCUCUGCAAUACUUGAUGAAGCAUAUUGUCCAGGUGUUGAUAUCAUUUUGCGCAUCAUCCAAAGGCUGUCCUGGGGUGGCUUUAGUGCUCAGUGUGAUCCAAACAUCUUGCGUGGAGAUGUUGAUUCCAAGUCAUCUCAGAGGAGCCAUUCUCAUCGAGGAGCUCAAAUCAAACUUCAUUGAUAGCAUCAAUGACAAACUUGAGGAUAUUCAGUUGGAUAGGUUUCACAUGGAGAAGGAGGAAGCGUUGUUCAGCUAUGAGCACUCUUGGCCCUCGAUUGAAGGACACACAGGGGUAAUUUUCGAAAGCGCUAGAGAUUUGUUGUGGGAGAGCGAUGUUGAAGCGGUUGUGAAUGAGAUCCGACAGAAGCGAAUGCAACAAUUGGAGUCAUUGCAGCAAGGUUUAAUCGAAGUGAACAAUGACUUGAAUCAUUCUCAUCCUGAAAAUGAGAACAUGGUUAGCAGAUCAAGUUUUCCUGAUAUGAAACAAUCCAAUCGACCUUCAUCCAUGUGCUUAAGUCGGGCAAGCACAAAUGUACAACAUGGUUCUAUCGGACUUGAGAACAAGAUCGAUCAACUAGUACAAAAGGUUGAUGGUUUGGAUCAGAGGUUGAGAUUGAUGGAUAUCAAGGUGGAACAGAUACUCUCUUUGCAACAAGAAGUGAAGUCAACGUUUAGCGCCUUCAUGUCUAAAGUGGACAGGAUCAUUGAGUAUCCUCAAUCGCUUCAGCAGGCUGGAACUCCCAAACGACCAUAUGUCAAGGAUGAUGUUGGACUUUUCUAUAAGAUGAGUGCGCAUCUGCAUGUUGGAAAAACCGUUCGGUUACACUUGAUGUGUGAAUCGGCUACUGGAUUUCACAUAGUCAAAGAUCAAGAAGGUUUAAAGAUACGCGUGGAUCUGAAUAAUCGCGCAUGGAUUAGCAAAACCAUUGAAAUCUCACUCAAAGUCAUGUAUUAUGCUGUGAAGGCUGGACUAGAUGUAACCUUCGGGUUGGGCCAAGCGAUUCCGGACUGGGCAGAUUUAAAAUCUGAUAUUGUUAAACUAGAUGGCAUUAGCUAUAGUGAUCGUAGUGCAGUUUUAAAAGGUGGGGAAAGCAUGAAGCUCAAAGAAGCAUGGCUGAGGAUUCAGCAAACUCUUGCGCCCCAGCUUCGAGACCGCUAUUCGACAAUCUUCAAGUUGUAUCAGGUGAAAUAUGUGAGACUAGAAUUAGGUGGGCAUGCAUGGGUGUGCGAGGAGUGCAUGAGUAAAGGUAUUAGAGCUCGCAUUUUGGUAGUAAAUUGAAGACCUUAGAAUGUCAUGAUGUAUCAUGACAUUCUGUUGACAAGCAUAGGUUUAGACACUCAUGCAAUAUGAACCUCUGCAAAAUCUUCCUUAGAGUUUUCACGUGUAACAAUCUUUUAUAAUAUGUGCAAUCAUGUCAAUCGCGCAGUUAUGGUUCU